AUGCGGGACAACCUACUGUUCCACAAUAUCGAGGAAUCCGACGAAGAAAAUUGCGCUGAGGUAAUCUAUAGCUUGCUAGAGGAGAAGUUGGAUAUGCCAGACGCGCGUCAAAAUAUUAAAAUCGACCGUGCACAUAGAGUUGGCAGGAAACGCGAUAGUCGCAGGAAGCCGAGAGCUAUCGUCGCCAAAUUUUAUUUUUCCCCGGAUCGAGAGAAAAUCCGCCGAAACGCCAGGAAACUGAAGGGAACAAGGAUUGGGAUCUUCGAACAGUUUCCAGAAGAAAUAGAGAAAGUGCGGCAGAAAUUAUACCCCGAGAUGCGAAGAGUGAAAGCGGAAAAACAAAGA